CCGCAUAAUUUAUUUCCGCCAAUGUUGUAGAUCUUGUGACAAGUUACCUCCCCUUUGAGGUUUCGUUAGAAUGACAUUAGAGUUGGCCUGUUAGGGCUAUUAGAGUGCGUGCGACUCGGUGUGACGGCCGGCUCUCGGCGGAGGAGCGUCUCUCGUCACGUUCAAAGUGUGUAAUUACGCGUAUUAUACCAUCUUCCAAUUAAAGUGGGAUGAGGUUCGCUCGAUUGGACAAAAUUACGAGGAGGAGGAUGUUUAACUCAUUUUUAUGAUCAGUCAUCCCCUGAUCCUUUCAUUAAUUUUAUAACUAUAGAUCUUGUUAAUUAUUCGCUGUGCUUAAUUUUGCACUCGUUUAAUUUUACAAAAUUAUUUGCAAAAAAUACCAUUGUCUUAACAACAUUUCCGUCUUACAAGAAAAAAAUCGUGCUUAAUUUUUCCAAAUCUUAUAAAUUUCCUUCGUGAAAGGAAACUCUUACGUGAAUUUCUUCUCGCUGGAGGAAUUGUUCCGUUGUGAAAACACACGCUUGUUGGAAGGGUUAAAAGAAUCAUCCCCUCUCUAAAGCCAUCGUGGAAAAUCGCGCUCGCUUCCCGGGAAAUGGCCAGGUGUGUCGGUUGCGCGAACGUGUCGCGAGCGAGCGCCGUAACGCGACGGAUUUAACGCGAGAGCUAAUACGAGCACCACCACCUCGUGCAUCGAUAGAUCAUUUUCCUCGGAGAGGAGAGACACGGUAGCCGGAAGGGUAGUAGUAGCAGCGGCAGCAACAGCAGCACCAGCGACAGUGACAACGGCAGCCGGAAGGGCAGCAGCAGCAGCGGCAGGCACGCACGAGAGAAAGAAAGAGGAAACGCACGGCCAGUAAAUACGAGGGAAAGGCCGCGACCUUUGACCUACCGCGACCUACCGCGAGCCCUCGACGUUCGAGCCCCGGGCCGAGGGAUAACUCGUCAAGACUCUCGGUCUCGGUCCAUCGGGAUCAUCCUCGCUCUCGCCGCCGCGGGGGAAGUGGCGGUGCUACCACCGGUAGUGGCGAAGAGAAAGGACGGAGUCGCCCCGCGAAAAGGAGUCGUCACGACGACCCUCCGUCCACACCCGCCGUUUCUUUCUCUUUCUCUCUCCCUCGCCGUUUCGCGCGAGGCCGAAAGCCUCCUCGCAUCCUAUUAACGCCGGUCUGCCUAAUCGUCGCGUGUGCAAGGCUCUAGAAUACGUGAAGAAAAAAAAAAGAAAAAAAAAAGACUGAUCUCGCGCGUUUAACGGGUGGUUUUUAAGCGCCAGCGAGGCUCCUUCGAUUUUCUUCGAGCUCGAUCGCGCGCUUUUUCUCCCUUCUCCCUUUUUGUCAUCAUUUCCGCCUGUCCCCGUCUCGCGCUCGUCAGGGGCGUCGUCUUUGUCAUCGUAGUCUCCUCGUCGUCGCAGCGACAUGGGCGGAUGUACUUCGAAGGAUACUACGUCGGGCGACGAUAAAAAAGGUAACAAUAUGGUAGACGCAGCAGUUCUGGACAAGCUGGAGUCCGGCUUCGCGAAGCUGGCCGCAUCCGACAGUAAAUCGUUGCUGAAGAAAUACUUGACCAAAGAGGUCUUCGAUCAGCUAAAGACUCGAAAGACCUCGUUCGGCUCCACUCUCUUGGAUGUUAUUCAGUCUGGUCUGGAGAAUCAUGAUUCUGGUGUUGGUAUCUAUGCGCCCGAUGCCGAAGCUUACACUGUUUUCGCUGAGAUUUUCGAUCCCAUCAUCGAUGACUACCACGGCGGCUUCACGAAAACUGACAAGCAUCCGCCAAAAGACUUCGGCGAUGUUGACUCCUUUGGCAAUCUCGAUCCCACCGGUGAAUAUAUCGUGUCAACUCGCGUGCGAUGCGGCCGCUCUUUGGAAGGAUAUCCAUUCAACCCGUGUUUGACCGAAGCUCAAUAUAAGGAAAUGGAGGAGAAGGUUUCGAGCACACUGUCAGGUCUUGGCGGUGAAUUGAAGGGUACAUUUUAUCCGCUCACCGGCAUGAGCAAGGAAGUACAGCAGAAGCUGAUCGACGAUCACUUCCUUUUCAAGGAGGGUGAUCGUUUCCUCCAAGCUGCAAACGCCUGCCGUUUCUGGCCUACUGGACGUGGCAUCUUCCAUAACGACGACAAGACUUUCCUUGUCUGGUGCAACGAGGAGGACCAUCUCCGCAUCAUCUCUAUGCAAAUGGGUGGUGAUCUUGGACAGGUAUAUCGACGCUUGGUGACGGCGGUGAACGAGAUCGAGAAGCGAUUGCCGUUCUCGCAUAACGAUCGCUUCGGCUUUUUGACGUUCUGUCCAACGAAUCUGGGUACGACGGUGCGUGCCUCGGUGCACAUUAAGGUGCCGAAACUCGCGGCGAAUAAAGCCAAGCUCGAGGAAGUUGCAGCCAAGUACAAUCUACAAGUGCGUGGCACCCGCGGCGAGCAUACUGAAGCUGAAGGCGGCAUUUACGACAUCUCCAAUAAACGCCGUCUCGGUCUGACCGAGUAUCAGGCUGUGAAGGAGAUGAACGACGGCAUCGCUGAGCUCAUCAAACUGGAAGCCAGCCUUUAA